AUGUACCCCUUUUCGCUGGUGCACGAUGUACCGCUUCACUCGAGAAUAUUCGGACACUUCGGUGUGAUGCACUCCUAUUUCUUUUCGGUGUUUAUCUCUGUUUUGCUAUCGCUGUCAUCAUCCCUCGACUCUUCGCCCUCGGAACUCGAUUAUUCACACAUUUUCCAUUCCACCGCCAACAUCGAUGGUUCAGUGGUUUUUCCAUGCACCACGGCUGAGCUGAAUUUAAACUGGACGCGCAUUUGGUAUGCGAAUGAUGAGCCGUUGAAGGAGAUUGCCGGUUAUCGUAUCCUGCUUCCGAAUGGCAGCCUUAGCCUUCGUGUUCGGAUGGAAGAUUCGGAUAUUGUGUACCAUUGCCAUAUCAUUGGACGCUUUGCCAACGGAUCUGAGGCAAUGAGCGAUUAUUUUAUCUUUAAAGUCGAUCCGAUAGUGGGGGCGUUUCUUAACCCAACCGUUGAAAAUGUGACCGUUGACUGGGGCACCGUUUAUGCCUUCCCCUGUGGCUUCGCCGGCACCCUACCACGUGAAGAGACAAUGAUACUUAAUCACAAAGUCGUCACGGAACGUUACCACAACAUCACAGAGGAUUCCGUCGUUGAAUGCAGUGUGAAAAACCGGGCUGGAAGCGCACAUGAUGUCGCUUACAUUACAAUCACUCCAGGCUCCAAGGAGUGGGCGCUCGACCACGGAGUACCAACGAGCUCCUACUGCCAGCCAUACUCAGCGACGCUCCAACAGCGAGCCGUGUGCUCCCCUUAUCUGGAUAGCACGCAGCCUCAUCCCAGGGGCUCGGCCUAUUUGGUGGCUCGUUCCCGACUCUACGUCGCCAAUAUCACCGAGAGUGCACUGGCCCAGCUGUUCAAUGCUUGGGAUGAUCUGCUGGUCCGUGAGCAAUCUUCCCGCUUUCCUCCGUUGGACAGCCCAAUCUCUUCGAACGGCUCCCAACCAAUGCGGCUGGCUUAUACUGCUCUGCGCUGUGUGGAGCUGGCAAAAUACUUGGCUUGCGUCCUCGCCUAUCCGAAAUGUCGGCCACUCGACGGGGACUGGUCUUCUUUUGAUCUAUUCUCGAAUGAGCUUUAUCGUGAGGAUCCGAUUUGCCAGUCCCACUGUUUGGCAAUCACCGGUCUGUUUUGUUUGUCCGCCUUGGAUGCGGACGAACACGCAACAUCACUCGGCCCAUUAUUCAUUAAUCAUUCGGAUGGAACUUCCAGCUCUCCGAUGACUGGAUGGGCUCAGCUCGCUCAAGUCCCCGAAAUGAAACUUCCCGGUCUGCCCAGCUCCUUCUCCAACCUAGCGUACAAACACACUGGAUUUGCUGCGUUACAAACCUGCGGUGCCAUGGAUCACGAUCGUCCUUCGCUCCUAAUUGAUCCACAGAAAGAAUGUGCUUCCAUUACCCUUGACAAACCGUUCAGUGUGCCAGAGAAAUUCACUAGUCAUCAGUUUGACGUACAGAUCCCAGAGGACCAUUCCACCGAUCGUUGUGUGUCGGGCGAUGGUCGAGGUUAUCGAGGCUCGGAGACCAAUACAAAUUGUCACCCAUGGGAUGCGACUGGCUAUGUUCUGGCUUCAGGCAGCACUACUGACAGUGUCAGUUGGCCAGUGUUGGCUGCGCUCAAUCCCCACGCAUUCCCCUCAGUCCUGGGCGGGAAAACCAGUGCAACUUCGGCGUGUCGUAACCCGGCUGGAUUGGCGCCUGCACCAUUUUGCAUUGGUCCCUCCUUGAACUCCCUACCGGUUGACAGCCAGAUGACCGUCAGUAGUCCCAAUCCUCUGGAAUUCCGCAUCUAUCUUUGCUCAGAGAUCCCUCACUGUUCCAGCUUAUCUGCGUCGGUCUUUUGGAACGCUAAUGUGGCCGUAUCUAAAGAAGACUACGCACUCGCUCAAAGUACUGUUAAGACGCAGGUGACAAUCGCCUGCGUUCUUCUCGUCUGUCUCGUGUGUAUCAUCUCCAUCCUCUCUGUACUUUGGCGUUCCAAUCGUUGUUGUGCACUCCAUUCAAUGGAUUCCGACCCUUGCUCCUCUGAGUUGGACGAGAAGACCCAAGUUACCGAGUCUGUGGAUGUUACUAAAUCGUGUAAAUGGUCCGCCAAGGGCUUCGAUGAUGCUCCUGAACAGUUGUACGUUAGGCACCGGCUGCAGUGGGUGCGAAGGCGCCGUAGAUUACGCCAACUGAAUCCGGCUUGUCAAUGUCUUCUUGGUUGUUGGUAUGUGUUCACCGACUGGAUCACGUGCAAAUCAAACCAACCCCAGCCAGAUCCGUGUUUACAUCUGAUGUCACCGGCUGGCUCCGGCGAUAGUCCAUAUGAUGCACCCGUUGCUUCCGUGCUGACACCAGAUGACACAAUUGACAAACCGGUGUCCAGCAGUCCGGGAUGUUGUCUUCCUCUCGUGCAUACAGUACUACUGAGCAAAAGCAGACGGAAUCAAUCCUCACCCAAGCAACCACAUUCAACCAAAUGCUGUCCACAAUUCUCUUGGUUUACUAAUUCGUUAUCACACAGGACUGAUGAUGAAUUUGAAUCGAAUGCUUUGCGUAUGCACUUGCAAAAGUCGGUUGCUCGUGUUGCCAACGCCUCGACUUCUCCAACACGUGUUUCAUCAGUCACCGGCUCCGGUACUUCCUUGGGCUUCUGCAAAAAUUGCGCUUGCCGGACUGAAUGUAUGCGGGGUGGACGAAAACUUCCAACUACGUAUAAUAACAAGCGAUGUCAGGUGUGUUUGCACGAUGAUUCAGAACAUCUGCCGCUUCAGUAUGGUGAACAAGAUCCGGGUUCAGCUUUGACCAAAUCCUCCUUGCGGCUGAUCAACGCCGCUCCCUCUGAUUUGGGCUCCGCCCUUAUUCCUGGGAAGUUAUUCAACAUGGCUUCCAUGACAAACUUGCUGCACCCUAAACUGAAACAAAUGUGCUACCCCCGAAACAGAUUGGUGGAGGUGAAACGUUUGGCUAAGCGGUCAUUCGGCUGGGUCGUCCUGGCACACGCGCCUGACAUGCACCACCUGAUGCGUCGCCAUCGAAUGCUUAGCGUUACCUCCGCUGAUUGGCUCGGGUUGUCAUCGGCUAAUGAUCAGCAGGCCACAACGGACGUUCCUCAAGGUGACUAUGAUUUGGCUCCGAGCACCCCUAUGCAGGAUACGCCGUACGUUGUCGUUAAAACUCUUACCGCUGACGCUAGCGUGGAAACUGAGGCGAACUUUCUACGCGAGGCCGAAGUACUCGUAGAACUAUCGCACGGAAAUAUCAUUCGUUUGCUUGGUGUUUGCCUUCCACUGAAACCGUUGUCUCUUCUGCUGGAGUACAUGCCAUUUGGAGAUCUGAGCUCGUUCCUCAAACAUUAUCAACACUCCACUGAGACGAGUCACAUGUACCCGCUUCAUUUAGUGGGUUCGCUUCUUGCGGGAGUCAAUGGAGAGAUUGCUUCUGGGCUCCCUUCGGCCGCAGAGACCGUCUGUCCUGCCCUCGCCGGGGCCCAUGAGCAAAAGAAGUCACUUUGGCUCCCUCCAGCUAACUUGCAUUGCACACAUUUGCUUACAAUGGCUCGGGACGCAUGCGAGGCUAUGGUAUAUCUGAGCGACAACUACUACGUGCACAGGGACGUUGCCACUCGUAGCUUCUUGGUGGGCAACAAUAUGAUCAUCAAGUUGGCCGACUUCUUCAUGUGCCGACCAAUUCAACCCAAUGUGGAUUUCGUUGCAGCGGAGGACAUUUACUUACCUAUCAGGUGGCUCCCAUUGGAAUCCAUUCUGCAUGGUCUGUUUCACGUGGAUACGGAUGUUUGGUCCUUUGGUGUCUUCCUUUGGGAAUUGUUUACUUACGCCUCUGAACCGUAUACUGACAUGAGCCAUGCAGAGGUUAUUGGAUACCUCGAAACUGGUGGUCGUUUACCCUGCCCCGCGAGUUGCCCACCUGCGGUUUACGAACUGAUGCAUUCUUGUUGGAAUGCACAACGCAACGAACGACCAUCCUUCAAUGUUCUACGUCUGCGUCUUCAAGAAAUUGUGUCACAAUUGGCCCAUCCGGUUUGAUAUUUUUCAGCAACGCCCCAUGCCUUUGCAAUCUGCCUCACUGCUUCUCACAUUCCAUGUAUUUCGUUUCAUUUCUUCCUAUCUCCCGCCAACUGUGGCUGUCUCAUCAUAUCAGAAUCGAGAUUUUCGCUACCUCCAAUUGUGGAUUUUUUUCUAUUUCUCGUGUCUCCGCCAUUCGCACUAUUUUAUCUCAUUUCGCUGCUACUUUAUUCCCACGUGCUCCCGGCUGCUGUUGUCGUAAAACGACAUGCCUGCGGCCGCCGCUACCAACAUCACCUAUUGCUCAUUCCAACUGCUUUCUCACACGCACCCAACCACGUGUACAUCAGAUGCAUUUUUCAUUAUGUGCAACCGUUUUGUUGGAAUUCCUAACAAGUUCUCAUGCGCACUGCUUAUGAUGAGGGUCCCUACACUACAAGAAUCCGUUCCGAUUAUUAUUCGUCUGUUGCCAAAUGAAAUCUUGCAUGAAACUGGCCAGGAUUCUCGC